AUGGCGGAACAUGCGGGAACGACGAAUGCUGAUAUACUCAAAAGAUUUUCACAAAAAGUUGCCGUGUCGAGCACGAAGGAGCGAAUCGACGUGUUAAACGAUGUGGCAGCAAUCGCUGCAGCACCCGAAUUCCCAGAGAAUGCUGUACGAGGAAUUUUCAAAUAUUUGGCUCCAACAAUAAGCCGCUACCAUGACAACAGAUCUCGCCAUGCUGUUUUAAAUGUCAUCAGGGCAGUUACUAAGUCUCAUCCGGAGUCAACUGUUAAGACAUUGUCAAGUACCUUGGAGUCCCAUGCAAAUUUUCACAAAAAGCAGCUGCAUUCUUGUAAGAGCACAUCUGGAGAAGCCUUAUUUGCAUUGACAUGGACAUGUGUUGUGAUGCAGGAGACAUUCCUCAAGGGAAAUCUCUCGAGGGAUUCCUUCAAACAGCUGGUUGGUGUACAAUGUGGCCUUGUGUACGGGGCCCUGGCUUCCGGAUCCAAGGUCAUCAGCUUCUCUGCCUAUAGGAAACUUGUCUCCAUCUUCAGAUCAAGUGACAAAGCAGUUGAAGAAUAUGCUCAGCUACUGACGGAGAUUGAAGCAUCCAUGUUUGUACUGAGUUCUGCUGGAAUACUGAUAUCUUACCUCACCAAGACUAAGGACCAGGAGCUCCUCAAAAAAUUUAAAGGUCCCUUCCUUGACCUGUACACAAAACAAGUACUUGGAUCCAGGACAAAACCAUCAGUUCAGCUUCUGAUAUCGUGUAAUAAUCUGCUGAGACACUGCACACACCAAGAGUUCCAGGACUCACUAAUGCCAGCCACUAAAAAAGCCAUGCUGAGGAACCCAGAGAGCAUUCUUCAAGCUGUGGGAUACUUGAUUAUUGGUCAGAGCCUGGACCUAAGGCAGUAUGCACAAGAGCUGGCUAAACCACUUGGAGUCCAAAUCUGUUCCAAGGAUCCAGCAACAAGAGCAGAGGCUGUGACUGCAUUUAAAAAUCUUGCAGUUCAGUGUAGUGAUACAGAAGCUGUGGAGAAACUUGUCUGCCAUCUGUUUGAUAUUCUCAACGGAUCAGAGGGAAAGCUGACAUCAGCUGACCAGAGGAUCAGUGUAUUACAGGCAGUUGGAAAUGCCAGUCAUUGUACGGCCAGUGGUGUUUAUGCCCUGCAAAGUCUGAGUAACACAGUGACAGAAAAGUUCAUCCCGAUGUUACAACAGGAAGUCCAUGAAGGAACUCUGGUUCAUGCCUUGUCUAUGAUGUCACUGUGGUGCGCUAAGUUCUACACCAGUGUUCCUGACAAGCUUAUAGAGUGGUUCAAGAAAGGUGUAACUCUCAAGUCUUCCACAUCUAAUGUCAGGAAUGCUUAUCUACAAUGUAUGAACACUGCUUUCCAUGGAGAUACCCUACCCCAGGCAACAGCAAUCGUGCCACUGCUGAUACAAACCAUAGAGAAAGCCAACAGCCAGUCAAGUCAGAUCCAACUUUUGACAGAGGCUGUCUCUGCUGCAUGUAUCCUUGCCAAGAUUUCAUUGAUCGAUAUUCAAGCAGAGAGCAAACUUGGGCCAUUCUGGGCUACAGUACUGGAUAGUCAGAAGCAGCUUUACUUAAAUGAUCGUUACCUGCAGCAGGCCAGUGAGGAAGCUUUACCAAGUCUGAUUGCCUUGUCAGAAAAACUCAUUUUGGAAUAUCCACAGAAAAUGACUGAAAAAGCAUCAAAACCGUACUAUAAAGCCAUUGUACACUGCCUGGUGCACAAGUCCUGGGAAGUAAGGAAAGCUACAGCAGCUUCAGUCAAGCGUUUGCUUGGUCAGCUUGGAGGUACAGCUAUAUCAUUGGCCCUCCUUGACCAGUUUAAGGUCUUCCUUUCCAAUCACAAGUUCAUUGACCCUGAUACUCUGGACAUGGAGAAGGAGAAUUUUGAUCCUAACAAGUAUGUAUCACCUACAAGAGUGGCACGAGCACUGAUUACCUUGGUAGGUGUGGAAAAGGUCGACCCAAAGGAUGCAGAAGCAAUUGCCAUGGCAACCAUUUUGUCAUCUCACCAUCCCAGUAUAGUAUAUGCUAAUGAGUCAGCAUGGACUGACAUUUUAUAUUACAUCAAACUCGAUGCCCGGAACUUUAUAUCAAAAAACCUGGACAGUUUACUGGCUAUGGUGAGAAUUGGGGAGGCAUUAGACAAGAGUGCCAAAGCUGCUCUGUCCACCAUGGUUCGGAUUGCUCCAGACCUAGUACUGCCACCCCUUCUUGAAUACUUGAGGGGAAUACUGUGUCAGUCCGAGCUCAUGACCAUCACCGUAGAAGAAUAUGAGACGUUUUUGUGUCCAGAAGGCGAGCUGUACAACAAAGCCCUCCUGGCUAGUUUUGAGAAAAGUGAAACCAAGGAAACCAACAUCAAAAGAGAAAACAAGCUUUACUCUUACAAAGAACAGAUGGCUGAGAUUGAGCUGAGAAAGGAACUGGAGAAGAAAAAAGGGAAGACAGAAAAACCUCCGCUGAAACUGACAAAGAAACAAGAAGAACAGCUUCAGGCUUGUAUGCAGAAAGAAUCUGAGAUACGCAAAAGAUUAGCAAAAUUUGACAGUGUUGUGUGCUGUGGCUGCGACAUCCUUGAAGCUAGUAUCUAUGGUAACCAGUCGGCGGUCCGUGACUACAUGAAGGAGCUAUUGGGCUGCUUAACACCGCUGUUUGUGUCACCACUUGCAGCACCACAAAUAACCAAAGCUUUUAUCCAACUUGGAAUCUCGUCAUUUGAUGACAAAUUACUUGGUACACAGGUGUGUAAUUCCACAGUUCGCUUGUUAGACCCGGCUUGUAAGGUAGAACCUGAGUGGACCAAGGAGCCUGCCCAAGACCAGGCUGCUCGUCUGGUCAAGAAGCUGUAUACCAUCGCAUCGAAGGAGAUCACAGAAUUUGAGGACACCUCUCUGUUUCCAGUGGCAACAUUCACUGUUAUCUUUUAUCUACUGAAGGCUGUGUUGAAACAAGGGGCAGCACUGGUGAAGGGAGAUGAUCGAACACAAGGAGAAGCCAUUAAACUCAUAGAACUACACGCUAGAAUGAGGACGGAAGAUCAUUCUGAUGAGCAUGACCCAGCUUUACUUGAUCACAAAGAGUUACUCUGUCUUCUUAUCCAUGUGAUAUCAACAUCCAUCGCAAAAGUUGGUCAGUCUGCUUCCUCAGCGCUGGUGGAAGUUUGUGAUAGUAUCUCUGGUAAGGAGGGGUGCAGCAAGGCUACUGAGAAGGAAAUUCUUGUUCUCCUAGAAGCUUUGAAGUCUCCUUGUGUAGCAGUGAGGGACUCCACUUUACAGGGCUUAAUGUGUCUUGUCGAUGUGCUUCCCAAUGUUGAUGAUAACUUUGAUCUUGGAAUUGCCAUCGCACAGAGAUUGUGGGUUGCUAGUUUUGACAGCGACGACAAUGUCAAAAUGUUGGGUGAAAAAAUACUACAGGAACUGAUGUUGGAUGAACCAUAUGAAGACAUGGCUGGCCCAUUGAUUGAUGAUGUCAUUUCCUCAGAGGAGGUUGUCCGUCUGGCAGCCUCGAAGGCCUUGGAGAAGACGCUAGAAUGUCACAGCGAUUAUGUUACAGCGACUAUUGAACAGCUUAAGACAAAAUAUGAGGACAAACUUUAUAUGCCACCACCAAAACUUGACAAUUUUGGGCGUCUGGUGGAGGACCAGCCCCAGGACGAGUGGCAAGCUAGGAGUGGAGUGGCAGCUGCUCUCAAGGCCAUGUCACCUCUCUUACCAUCAGACCAGAUCAUCGAACUUUUCAGCUUCUAUGUCCCUAAAGCCCUUGGAGACCGGAUACCGGAAGUCCGUAGUCACAUGAGAGAUGCAGCUCUGGCAGCCAUUAAUGAUCAUGGAAAGGCGAAUGUGGUCCUACUGUUGCCAGUGUUUGAAGAGUUCCUAGCUAACGCACCUAACACAGCCAGUAAUGAUGCUGUUCGACAAAGUAUUGUUAUCCUGAUGGGCUCCCUUGCCAAACAUCUGGACAAGGACAAUCCCAAAAUCAAACCUAUCAUGGCUCAGCUGAUCGGUGCGCUGUCUACGCCUUCUCAGGAGGUUCAAGAAGCAGUUGCCCACUGCUUACCUCCCUUGGUUCAGGGAAUCCGACAGGAUGCUCCAGAACUUGUUCAAAAACUGAUGCAACUCCUUUUGGAGUCGGACAAAUAUGGUGAAAGGAGAGGAGCAGCAUAUGGAUUGGCAGGGCUCGUGCGAGGUCUGGGAAUCACUUCCCUCAAACAGCUAGAGAUCAUGUCGACAUUGGAGGAAGCUGUGAAAGACAAGAAAAACCCACGUCGACGAGAAGGUGCCCUGUUUGCUUAUGAGAUGCUGUGUGCUAUGUUGGGGAAACUGUUUGAGCCAUAUGUGGUCAACAUACUACCUCAUCUUCUCCUCUGCUUUGGUGACAGCAAUCAGUAUGUCCGUGAGGCAGCAGACUUUACUGCUAAAGCUGUGAUGAAGAUGUUGACAGCCCAUGGAGUCAAACUUGUGUUGCCCUCAUUAUUGAGGGGACUGGAAGAGGAUGCUUGGAGAACUAAAGCAGGGGCAGUUGAGUUGUUGGGAGCAAUGGCAUACUGUGCUCCUAAACAGUUAUCUGCCUGCUUACCAAGCAUCGUACCAAAACUGUCUGAGGUACUCACUGACUCGCACGUCAAAGUCCAGAAGGCUGGAGCUCAGGCCCUCCGACAGAUUGGAGCAGUCAUCAGGAACCCGGAAAUUCAAGAAAUUGUGCCUAACCUGUUAGAUGCUUUACAAGAGCCAUCCAAGAAGACAAUGGUGUGUCUACAGACACUACUAGACACCAAAUUUGUACAUUUCAUUGAUGCGCCCUCCCUAGCCCUUAUUAUGCCUGUUGUGGAGCGUGCAUUCCAGGACCGCAACACAGAAACAAGGAAAAUGGCCGCCCAGAUCAUCGGCAACAUGUACUCUCUAACCGACCAAAAGGACUUGGACCCAUAUAUAGAGAAGGUGAUUCCUGGUCUACAACAAUCCCUGUUGGAUCCGGUCCCAGAAGUUCGUACCGUUUCCUCUCGUGCUCUUGGUGCCAUGGUGAAAGGAAUGGGAGGGUCCAAGUUUGAUGAACUGCUUAAGUGGCUUAUGGACACGCUGAAGUCUGAGAGCAGCUCUGUUGAUCGAUCUGGUGCAGCACAAGGUCUGAGUGAAGUAAUUGGUGGCCUUGGUUUGGCUGAACUGAAACGUCUAAUGCCAGGCAUCAUACAGACAGCAGAACGUACUGACAUCCCGUCCCAUGCUCGUGAUGGCUACAUUAUGAUGUAUAUCUACCUACCCUCCGUCUUUGGCAAAGAAUUCAUGGCCUACAUCGGCCCUAUCAUUCCCUCCAUUCUUCAGGCGUUGGCAGAUGAGUCGGAGUAUGUAAGAGACACAGCUCUGAGGGCAGGCCAGAGAAUCAUUAAUGUAUAUGCAGACACAGCAAUAGAACUUUUGUUACCCCAGCUGGAGAAAGGCCUGUUUGACGACAACUGGAGGAUCCGAUUUUCUUCGGUACAGUUGCUGGGUGAUCUUCUCUACCGCAUAUCAGGUGUCACUGGUAAGAUGACCACAGAGACUGCUCAUGAUGAUGACAAUUUUGGUACAGAAUCUUCAUCAAAGGCCAUUAUGCGAGCUCUUGGGAAGGAGAGACGCGAUCGGGUAUUAGCGGGACUCUAUAUGGGACGAUCAGACACAGCCAUAUUGGUACGACAGUCGGCACUCCAUGUGUGGAAGAUCAUCGUGUCUCAUACACCACAAACACUUCGUGAGAUUCUCCCUGUGCUAUUUACACUCCUUUUGGGCUGUCUGGCCAGUACCAGUCACGACAAAAGACAGGUUGCGGCACGGACUUUGGGAGACCUGGUAAAGAAGCUUGGAGAACGGGUGUUACCAGAAAUCAUUCCAAUAUUGGAACGAGGUUUGGGCUCAGAGCGGGCAGACCAGAGACAGGGUGUGUGUAUUGGUCUCACAGAAAUCAUGGCCUCAACCAGUCGCGAGCAUGUACUUGUGUAUGCUGACAGUCUGAUCCCCACAGUACGCCGCGCUCUUGUUGACCCUCUUGGUGAAGUUAGGGAGGCAGCCGCCCACACCUUUGACAGUCUCCACUCUAACAUUGGGCCACGUGCCUUGGACGAGAUUCUGCCAGACCUCCUGAACAAACUGCGUGACCCAGACCUGUCAGAUGAAGCAUUAGAUGGCCUACAGCAAGUGAUGACGGUGAAGAGUCGUGUCGUGAUGCCUUAUCUGGUACCACAACUGGUGACCCCUCCAGUGAACACACAAGCACUGUCGUUGUUGUCAUCAGUGGCAGGCGACUCACUCACCAAACACUUGCCUAAGAUACUGCCUGCCUUGAUGGACACACUCAGUGAGAAGGCUGGAACCCCAGAUGAAGCUCAGGAACUGGAAUACUGUCGAAGUGUGGUAUUGUCGGUCCAAGAUGACCGUGGAGUACGUACCAUCAUGGAGGAACUAUUGGCAGCCAUCAAAAACCCAUCUCCGGACCUCUGCUGUGCAGCAGUGGUUAUUUUACAGGCCUUCUGUGACAAGACACAGACUGACUACUCCGACUACCGGACAGAUCUAUUUAGAGGUCUGAUUGCAUCCUUUGUGCGGAAAGAGAGUAAAGUAUUACUGGCGAGCUGGGAGUGUCUCAACACAGUCACCAAGAAACUGGACGUGUCCGAGAUGUUACAACACAUUCAAGACAUAAGGUCAGCCAUCAAGCUAGCUGCUUCUGAGCUAAAGGGAGCCAAGGAGCUGCCAGGGUUUAGCAUUCCAAAGAAGGGUAUUGCACCAGUGCUGCCAAUAUUCCGUGAGGGUAUGCUGAACGGUUCACAGGAUGUGAAGGCUGUGGCAGCCAAUGGGCUCGGAGAACUGAUCCACCUGACCAGCCCAGAGGCCCUGAAACCAUCUGUUGUAAAUAUCACCGGUCCACUCAUUCGUAUCCUUGGUGACCGCUUCUCAGCACAGGUCAAGGUUGCUGUCUUGGAAACUUUGACCUUACUUCUUGCCAAGGUUGGCCUACAGUUGAAGCCCUUCCUACCCCAGCUACAGACAACCUUCCUGAAGGCACUAAACGAUCCCCAGCGUGCUGUACGUUUGAAGGCAGCAUCUGCACUUGGCCGUCUGAUUGUGAUACAUGUACGGGUGGAUCCACUGUUUACAGAACUGCACUCAGGCAUUAGGAACACUUCAGAUUCAUCCGUCAAAGACACAAUGCUACAGGCACUUCGAUUCUGUGUUUCUGGGGCUGGACAGAAGAUGGCAGAGCCACUGAGGAAACAGAUCACUGCCACAUUGUUGGAGUUACUUGGCUCUCAGGAAGAUGCCACACGUGCAGUUGCUGCUGGUUGCCUUGGAGCCCUGUGUACAGCUUUAUCAGAAGCAGAGCUUAAAGACACACUUAUACAACACUUACUAGAUGCUGACCCAAGCCAGGACUGGAUGUUGAGACAGGGCCGGAGUAUGGCUCUAGGGGUCGCCCUGAAGGAAGUCCCGAGCAAGCUCACUGGCACUGGACUUGAGAGAAGCAUAGAAGAUUACAUUACAGAACUAGCCACAUCUGAUAGGAUUCCCCUGUGUAUCAGCGGCUAUCGUUGUAUGGGUUUCUUACUGAAUUACCAGCUAUCUAGCAGUGAUGGCAGUGUACCUUCACUAGUAUUAACCCUUAUUAAGGGUUUAAAGAAUGACUCAAAUGAUGUGAAGCAACUGGUCACCCAAGUAAUUUCCUUCCUCAUACACAAUCUCCAAGGGAAACAAUCUCUUGAACUGGUUAGAUAUCUGACUGCACCACUAGUCAUGGGUGCUAAGGAGAAGAAUACUUCCGUCAGAUCCAACAGUGAAUAUGCCCUGGUCUCUCUGCUCAAGCUUCGGCAAGGAGAUACAUUCUUAAAUGAGACCUUGCAGCAGUUAGAUGCAGGCAUGAGAGAAUCACUGUCAGAACUUGUCACUAAAACUUUAUUGAAAUUAAGCAAGCAAGUGGAACCACCUCCAGACAACAUUGAUGACACUGUUCUCAAAUGAUUCCACAAUGUGAUAUUAAUUUAAUUAUUUUCUGUAACUUUCUUGUAAAGUGCUAUUUCAUCAUACCAAGGUACUCUCGAGGAUAGCAAAUUCUCCUAUACAUUGUGUGCUAUAGAUUUAAACUCAACUAAUACAGGCUACCAUUGUAAGAAUUUUAAUGCAUAGUAUUGUAUUACCCUGUCUAUCUUUCAAUAAGCCCAGGGGACAGUGUGUUACUUCUGUCUCAAAGUCAGGGGUGGGCUUAUUACAGGACAUUAGAAAAAUUUUGAAAUGCUACCAAACAGCAUUAGGUACAGGCAAGCCAAGUGACUGCCAAAUAUAUAUACUAAAUUUGAUACAGUAUAAAAAGCAGGACAAAAAUAAUUUAAAAUAAUACUUUUAGAAAGUGUUCUUGAUUGAUAAUGUUAAAAAAUUAAUGUUUUGCUUGUAAAUCAUUGAUUUUUACAGCUACUUAAAUUCAGUUGCUACACCUUAAGUCUCUUAUUGCAAAUAAAGAAGACUGCUGUCUCAAGUUUCCUAAUAAAUAUUUGUGGACUUGAUCAUAUUCAUGAAAGAUGUUACUUUGUUGAGGAUAUUACUAUUGUGAUUUGAAGUUUUUGCCUCCAAUUUUUGUCAUCAAACUUUCUCAAUUUAUUUUUAAGAAUAUAAAUAUGUUGCAUGUAGAACAUUAGUCUGUUUUGUUUUUGUUCCUCCACCUUUUUCUUGGGGAAGGUGGGGGAGGGGUUGUAAUGUUACCCAUGUCAGCCUAAUCCAUGCAAUUGCAUUCUGUUUUGAAUCAUUGUCAGAUCUUGAGGACCUCUGAACAGAUUUGGUUCAUAUCCAUCCCCAUAGUAUCCUGACUUAAAGUUCUACACUUGGUCAUAUUAAGGAGAUCAUUUGGUUUAGGUUAAAAGGCCAGAGUCACAUUUGACAACUUCUACAAAUUCAUUAAACAAUGAUACUAAUUUGUAUAGGAGUGGGUACAUUCAUGUCUUAUAGACAUAUUCUACUUGUUUAUAUUUGCUCAAUAUCUCAUCUCUCAGCUAAUGUUUUUAAAGAAAGUUGAAUUACAUAUUUUAGGUUUCAAAUUCCAGCUUCUUAGUAAAUGAUUUUUUCUCUCUUUUCUUUUUUCUUUUUUUUUUUUGACAAAUUUUGAAAAGAAAUUCAGUUUCAGUGUUGAAACAAAGGAGGCUGUGUGUGUGACCUAUUUUGAUAGUUUCACAAUGACACAUAGUAACUACAUUCAAUUCUUUAUCUCGGUUCUGUUGAACUUUUACUUUAAUGUCAUGGUUGGUUGAGUAUGAAUUUGUGUACAAAGAUCUCCAACAAAAGGCUGAAAUACAGAGGGAGGAUUUCUAGUAUAUACAAUAUAUGAAACAGAUAUUUUGUGAUAUAGUACAUGCUACAGAUGGAAUAUCUUGAAGGUUUAGUACCAGUGGCGUAGCCAGGAUCUAAAUUUAGAGGGGGGCAAAAAUCUGGCAAUGCUGGCGAAGCCGUGCGUCGCGAGCGCCAAAGGUGCAAAGCUUUGGUGAGGGGUCUUGGGGCCCUUCUUCAGAAAAUUUUGAAAAUUUUGGCUCCAUUUCCUGCAUUUUGAGCGUAUUUUGAAGGAAAAUAACGGAUUUACACGUUUCUCAAAAGUCACCUCUGGGACAAUUGGAGGGGGCAGUUGCCCCCCUUGCCUACGCCAGUGUUUAGUACCAAAUGAAAGGUUUUGAUUAAAAAUUUAAACAUUGUCAAUGAUACAGAAGUGUGUUUUGAUUAAAAAUAAAAUAAAAUCUGAGCUUGACUUUCAAAA